CCGCACGGGCCUAAUAACCAGUUCCGCGCUCGAGUCGACGCGCGCCGGCGGGCUGCAGAAGCAGAUAUGUCGGUUGUCCUGCAGCGCGUCGAGCGGCUGUCCAGUCGGGUGGUGCGCGUCCUGGGCUGUAACCCGGGACCCAUGACCCUGCAGGGCACCAACACCUACUUGGUAGGGAUCGGCACCAGGAGAAUCCUCAUUGACACUGGAGAACCAGCAAUUCCAGAAUAUAUCAGCUGUUUAAAGCAGGCUCUGACUGAAUUUAACGCAGCAAUCCAGGAAAUCAUAGUGACUCAUUGGCACCCUGAUCAUACUGGGGGCAUAGGAGAUAUUUGUAAAAGCAUCAGUAAUGACACUGCAUAUUGCAUUAAAAAACUCCCACGGAAUCCUCCGAGAGAAGAAAUUAUAGGAGAUGGAAAGCAACAAUAUGUUUAUUUGGAAGAUGGAGAUGUGAUUAAAACUGAAGGUGCCACUCUCAGAGUUAUACACACACCUGGCCACACUGAUGAUCAUAUCGCUCUACUUUUAGAAGAGGAGAAUGCGAUCUUUUCUGGAGAUUGCAUCCUAGGGGAAGGAACAACUGUAUUUGAAGACCUCUAUGAUUAUAUGAACUCCCUAAAAAAGCUAUUGAAAGUCAAAGCUGAUAUUAUAUAUCCAGGACAUGGCCCAGUAAUUCAUAACGCUGAAGCUAAAAUUCUAGAAUACAUUUCUCACAGAAAUCUCCGAGAACAGCAAAUUCUUACAUUAUUAACUCAUUCUUUUUUAAAAAAGAAAUGUCUUCUUGCACUCUUGUUUUUCUUUUAGACUAUUCCUGAGCAUUUAUAUAAAAUGGCUGAACAUAAUAUCUUGCUUCACUUGAAAAAAUUAAAAAAAGAAGGAAAAAUAUUUAACAACACGGAUCCUGAGAAGAAAUGGAAAGCUAAUCUUUAGUUUCAGAUUAAUGAAAGCUUUUGUUGGCUUGUUUUAUUUUUAGUGAAUGGUAUGUUUUCUUGACUAUAAUUAUUUACAGGGAAUAUAGAGUAUAGAACAUUGAAAAUAAUCCUAAAUAUACUUUAAAAUAAUGUCUUAUUUCAUCUAAAAUAUAUAUUACACUUUACAUGUAUAAUAUAGGUCGCUUAUCUAAUCUGAAUGGUACAACAUUUUACCAAAAAUUCAGAAUCCAACAGUUUAUCCAUGUUCAACAGAUUUAUGGUUACUUUAAAAAUAAUAAAAUUUAUAUAAGUUAAACUGGGUAUUAUUCUUGGAGAUUAGUUAUCUGUUACAAAUGGCCAAUAGUAUUUCUCCAGCUGCUUCAGUUAACAGCACAGAUUUCUGUGUAAUCCUUCUUUACAUCUGUAGAUAACAGCUUUGUUUUCAUGUUUCUAUCAAUUGUAUUAUGAUUUUGCUUUAGUUCUAUAGCUCUGUAUCCUGUAUAUUUUUUUAUAAUGGUAUCUCACAAAUGAUUCAUGAACAUCAACUUACAGUAAUUGAAAAAUAUUAAAUUCCUAAUUAAAAGCAUUAUAUAAUAA